AAGUAAAAUGGGCGAAAAAAAGUGACUUAGAGAAUUGCCUGGGUACUAACGCAAUUCAUAUAAGAAUUCAAAUGGGGUAUAAUGGGAGUUUAGUGUGAGAAAUGUGUUAGUGUAUUGGAAUGGGUUCUUUCAAAAAUAUGUACACAGAGAGUGAAAAAUACAUAUAGGUGGACUUUUUUUGCGUUCCUAGACCCCCUUCCGUUUAGGCUCUCUUCUCCAUUUCAGAAUCUAUUUCCAUUUAUGAACGUAGGUGAGCGAGAUGGAAGAUAUUGGAGGGUGUAUAUGUAUGGGUAUAUAUUGAAUGAGAGUGAUGAGAAGUGAUUGCAUACAUAUACAUGAUUCGUUUCCGCUUUACACAUUUUCAUUCUGUUUUCAUUCAUGCCUUGUGUUCCUAAGUAGUGUUUCAGUUUCAGCCCAAGUGUUCCGUACAAAACUCGCUAUUAUUUCACGCAUGCGUUUCGAUAUUACUUUUGAGCGAUGUUCUAGUGACUGUUUUUUUCUUUUUCUUAAUUGUACAAAGUUUUCUCUUUCGAAAGCCGAAAAAGAAUUUUUCAAAGAUAUUUCGUAUGCGGAUUGGAAAGAAAACUCUUGAUUUUUUUUUUGACGGAGAGUUUUGUGUUGGGUGAAGAAAAAAGAGACUUUUCCUGGUGGGAUGAUCUCAAAAUGUUAUUUUGCCACAUAGAAUGAGCUGUGUGGACUUUACUUGCGUACUAACUAUAAGGAUGAGAGGUGAAGAAUAAAAAUUGCGAAUAUGGUGAAAUAUUGUGUGACAAAAAUUUACGGUGUAGCGUGAAGAGCAAAAAAAAAUUUCAUUCAUUGAUUACGGCGGUUUUUGCAGUAUCUCUCGUACACCUUCUCAAGUUUUUUUCUUCUAUUUGAUUGAAGAAAAUUGCUUUCUAAGCUUCGAUGAAAUUGUGUGUGCAAAAAAAAAACACAGAGAAGAGGGUAGAAACACGGUGAUAAAAAAAAGUGUAGAUUCUGAUAAAGAGCUCCAUUGAUGGAUCUAUUCGUCAUUUCCUUCCUCUUAAGACUCUCUGGAUAAUUAUGCCAUUCUAAAUUCAUAUUGAGUGAAACACGCCAGCAUAUAUUCUCGAAAUAUUCAUCGACAUCUUCGUUUGGCGGGGUACCUUCUUCAUCUCAUCUGGAUGUGUGCUUAAUUCUGUGAUGUGCACAAGUGUAUCUGUGGGAGGAUAAAUUAAAUUAUGUCCCAUUUUUGCUCCAUUUUCAACCCACUGAUCACUUUGUAGUGUAUAUAGGCAUCUCAAAAAAGUGGAAGUGAGAGUAAUAAAAUAUAGGACAAAUGCGUAUUUCGUACAACUGUAAAAGAAGCUUCUUGAGAAGUUCUCCUCUGAAAAAGAAGUAAUCAUCUCAUAAGCGCAUAUAUAUAUAUAUAUUGGAAAAAGAAGUGGGUGAAGGAGUAAGAUUUUAUCAAGACACAACUCUCAAUCUCAAUAUACAUAGAACAAAAUAAUAUUCAAAUGUGUCACUGUGCGGAUAAAAAUAAAGAUAAAUAUAUUAGUGAGAAAAUGCACUAGUGAAAAUUUUCUUGACAUCAUCAUUUUCUUGUGUAUAUAUACAAUUUAAAAAAAAAAUAAAUAAAUAAAUAAAAAAAAAGUGUUGAUACAAUUUUCAUCACUGAGAUUAUCAAAAUGAUGAAAAUAAACAAAUAAUUAAACAUGUCAAGAGUUUUCUUGGUGAAAUAAUGGUACUGAAGUAAAUAUAAUCUCCCAAAAAGCAAAUGAGACAUGCUAAAGAGAGUGUGAAGUGAAUAUAAAGUGUGAGAAAAAAAAAAGAUUAUUAGUAAAAUAGCUGACAAGUGUUUAAAAUAUUGAUUUGCGAGAAUUUUUUUUCAUUUGCGCAAUUUUUCUGGUGUUAAAAGAAAAACCAGCAGAACAAGAAGAAAAUUCCAUCUGGUUUCAUGCGUACAGAUCCAAUUUCCCGCUGUUUCUUUCACAAUUGUGGCAAAAAAUAAAAAAAAAUAGGGAAAAACUGGAAAAUUUGAUGAUAGAGAAAUGAAUUUGUACUCAGAGUUGCUAGUUGAAGCACAAAAAUGACAAAUGAGUGGGUUGAAUGGUUCAGUGACAAUAGAAUAAAGACUUCAAUCCGCGGAAGCAGCAAUAAUUUUUUCAGCAGCUAUCAAAGUAAUAAAAUAUCUGGAAUGGGUCUCAAAACGCAUACCAUUAUGAAAUCUCUACAAAAGCCUAGAGAUGUUCCCACUCAAAUGCCACCGUUGACACCUGGAACGAAUAAAAAACUCUCAGAGGCACUCAAGGCAUCCUUCUCAUCGUGGGAGAAGGAAGUGCAAAACAGGAACAUCACCAAAGAUCCUCGAUUGUGGACGGAAGAACAUGUAUUGUAUUGGCUGAAGUGGUCAAUUAAGGAGUUCUCCCUUGAGAAUGUAAAUUUUGAUCCAUUUUUGAGGUUAAAAGGCCGCGACAUGGUUGCAUUGGGUCGUGAGAGGUUUCUCUCAAUUACACCUCCCUACACAGGUGAUAUUCUCUGGGAGCAUCUGGAGAUUCUACAGAAAGAAUGCGAAAGCUCCUUGGAAAGCAAUACAGUGACCAAUAGCUUUGAUCCUGCUUGUACAGCAGAAUUGUGUGAUUAUCUGGGAAAUCAGAAAUUAACUGGCAAUCCCGUAUCGAUGGAUUUUUCAAUCGCAAAAGGCUUUAAUGAUUUUACAGCAUCCCAGGAGAGACAUGAUAGUAACACACCGCCAGCAAUGUCUGGAAGUUCACAGUCAUCGACUUCGGCGCGACAGGAAUCGAGUGGACCAACUAAUCUCUCCUACAUGCAAAUGACGAUCCAGAGGCAGGCGGCAGGAGGUGAUGAGGGUGGUGGUGGAGGGUUCUCUCAGAGGCAGCAGCCAUCGCAACAUCAGUCACAGGCGCAACAACUCAAAGAGGAGCCUAACACAUGUUCCACCCUCUAUCGCAGCAAUAUCAAUGGACUGCAGGAUGAUAUUACGCUGAGGAACUUCAAUCUCCUGACAAAUCCGUGCAGUUACGCUGGUGAGCAUGAGUACAAUUCCCUGGGGCAGGAAGUUGCACCGGGACAACAGCAGUAUCUCGAGGGCAGUAGUCCGGAAUUCUAUGCGGGCAUCAUAGAGCAAAAGUUCAGUUCGCCAUAUCACAAGGGCAGCACCAGUGGGGGCUAUCCGCGGGGCGGAGGUGCAAUGGCUGGUGGUGGGGGUAGAUUCCAAGAGCCACCAUAUGACUUUCCCGCCCAAUACGAUGCACCACCGUAUCAGACAGUUCCUGUUAGCUCAUCCGCCAGCACAGAUCAAUGGACCAGUGGACAUCAUCCGCAUUCGGAGCUUCAGCAUCAGGCUUAUAUGAAUUCAGUGGGCUUCGAUAAAACCAUUUUGGGUACAUAUGCUACGCAAAAUGGGGCACCGUGCUUCACUGGUUCGGGUCCCAUUCAACUUUGGCAGUUCCUAUUGGAGCUCCUGACGGACAAAUCGUGCCAAAGUUUCAUCUCAUGGACUGGGGAUGGAUGGGAGUUUAAACUCACUGAUCCAGAUGAGGUUGCUCGACGCUGGGGAAUUCGGAAAAAUAAACCAAAAAUGAACUAUGAAAAAUUGAGCAGAGGCCUCCGAUACUACUAUGAUAAAAAUAUUAUACAUAAAACGGCUGGAAAGCGCUAUGUGUAUCGAUUUGUGUGUGAUCUUCAGAACUUGUUAGGAUAUUCUCCAGAGGAGUUACAUGCCAUGGUAGAAUUGAAGCCGGAGAAGAAGGAGGACGAAUAAGCAAAGGCGAGCAAUUUUUUUUUUUGAUUAUUUCUUUAUAUAAUUUUUUUUCUCUGAACAAAAAAAAAGAAUCAUUUUUGUAAUUACGUAAAAAAAAUAUGUGAAAAUGUGUUGGAUACGUUGGAUAGCAAUUGAAAAGUGAGUAAUUUAAUUUAAAAUGAAAAAAAAGAAAGAAUUGAAGGACAGAAUUAUUCUGGAAAAAGAAACAAAGAGAGGAGAAUUCUUGAAACAAGAAGAAUUCAUAGAAAUAGUUUUGCUCAGACUGGUCGUCGUACAUUAUUUCAAUUUCUAUACAGUUAAUUUUAAAUGUUUAAUUUAAUGUGAGAAGCUGAGAACAUAAAAAAAAAAUUGCAAAAAUCAUUUCUCAGAGGUAUGCAACUUUUUAGAUUUUAUUCGAUUUUUUUUUACUUUAUUUUUGCGGCUUGGAAGAAGACCAAAUUUUAGUUGUGAAAAUCAUGAAAUGUUAUUUCUGUCAUAAAAAUCAUGAUUUUUCCGAAUAACUUUCAUGUUUUUCUUUCUAGAAAUUAGAUCACAAAAUCAGCAAGCUUUUAAGGGGAACCCUCAAGCCUAGAAUUGAAAAAUUCUAUCACAAAAUCUCAAUUCUGAGAUUUAUUUCACCUUCAAAAUUUUGGGUUUUUCGGCUUCUUAGUUUUUGGAAUUUUAGCUUUCCAGAAUUUGCCUCUGCCAUGGAAAUAAUACCGGCAAAGGAAAAAUUACGAAGUUAUAAACCAUUUGGACAUCCCAAAAAUGGCUUAAAGUAAUUUCUAAUUAUUUCUUAUUUCUUACUGACUAAUGGUCUCCACACGUUGAGAGUAAUCUUCUUUUUUGAAGGAAAUUGCCUGCAGUGUUGUAGGUGAAAACGUCAAAAUUCUGUCACAAAUUCAAUUUGUGACGUCAAAAUUCUGUCAAAAAUGCAAUUUUUGACAGAAUGUUUGACAAUAUUAUGGCCUCUACACAUUGGGAGCCAUUUUUGUCAAAAAUUGCUUUUUUGAAGGAAAUUCCCUGAAGCGUUGUAAGGGGAAACGUCAAAUUUCUGUCAAAAACGCAAUUUUUGACGAAAAUUGCUCCCAAUGUGUAGACGCCUUUAGGCAAUUUAUAUCAAGUUCAUUCAAUCCGUUUUCUCUCAAGCCGGAACUUCUUGUAGUUUCUUCUGUUUUCAGUAUCUAGAACAAAAUGAUGAAAAAGAAUUAAUUUGGCAAUUAAUUUUGGCAGAAUUAAUUUUCAUUUGACAUCUUAGGGCCUCUACACAUUGGGAACAAUUUUCGUCAAAAAUUGCGUUUUGAUGUAAAUUGUCUGCAGUCCUGUAGGUAAAAACAUUAAAAUUCUGUCAAAAAUGCAAUUUUUGACAGAAUUUUGGCGUUUCCACCUACAGAAGUGCAAACAAUUUCCUACAAAAAAAAAGCAUUUUUUGAUGAAAAUUGCUCUCAAUGCGUAGAGGCCUUAAGAGAAAAUACCUUGCAGACCAAAAUGCAAUAUUUCGUUGACUACAAAUACAUUUUUUAUAUUUAAUUACACAGAACUUUAAUAUAUCAAAGUUCAUAUAUUUUUUUAUUUCGCUAAAAUGUAAACAACAUAGUUUUUUACUACACUGGAAAUGUCGUAUUUCAUGCCAAAACAACUUUUUCAUUAUCUUUGGACAUUUUAUGAUAUUAAUUCUGGAAUGGAUAACACAUCGGGUCGUCACCCCGAAUAAAUUUUUUUUUUGAAAAAUUAUACACUGCAAAAUGUGAUAUCUUGAGGAAUCUACACAUUGGGAGUAAUUUUCGUCAAAAAUUAAAUUUUUGUAAAAUUUUGACGUUUCCACUUACAGCAACACAAACAAUUUUCUUCAAAAAGCAUUUUUUGACAAAAAUUGCUUCCAAUGUGUAGAGGCGUUUAAGGUGUCUACACACUAGAAGCAAUUUUCAUCAAAAAUCGCCUGUUUUAAAAAAAAAUCUGAUGUUUCUGCCUACAAAAAUAGGGGAAAUUUUGAAAAGGCAAUUUUAAAACUUUAAAAAGGCAUUUUUUAAAGAAAUUGCUCCUAGUGUGUAGAGGUCUUUAGACUAAAGGUGUCUAGACAAUAUGAGAAAUUUCUGUCACAAAUGAUCUUCAAGAUGUGUGCAUCAAAAAGUUUGCCUAGACAUUGAUAUGCAUUUUUGAUAAAAAGAUGGUUUUUUUCGGUUUUUUAAAGAAAAUUUGUCUAAAGUGUAGGCAAUUUCUUUCAAAAACUAUAUCCAAUUCAAGGUAAUUUCCAUAAAAAAAUUUUGAAAGAAAUUACCCACUACACAUUGGAACAAAAUUCAUCAGUCAUUUUUGACAGAAUUCUUGAAGGAAACCAUCACGAUUCAAGAUUGUUUUUCAUGAAAAUUUGUUGUUUUGUGCUGCAAAAAGUGAGAAAAACGUUUGAUGAAGUUCAUUGGGAUAGUAUUUAGUAAAUUUUUGUGGCACAUUUUCCAAAAAUGCAAAAGAAAAAUGUUUUUUUAAUUUUGGAGAUGUCGUUCCUGGUGGAAUCCGAUCUUAGAUUUAAAUUUUCCAAAAAUAAAUUCAGGUGAAUUUCCCAAAUAUAAAUUCACUAAAUUCUAUCCCAAGGAACUUCACCAAACGCUUUUCUCUCAUUUUCCAGCAGAGAAACAACAAAUUUUCAUAAACAACAAUCACUAAAGCAAGCUUUAGGUCACCAGGAAUUUUUCUGGCGUUGAAGGUAUUCGAAUUGCACCCAGUGAGCUUCACUGCAUUUGAUUCCAUUGGGCAUGGGACUGACAACCUCAUUCCGAACAAGAAAAAAUAAUAAUGCGUGCCUAGAAAUCCGCUUGCGGGAAGGCCUUGUUCCUUCAUGGAAUGUUGUUCCAGCAUUAUUAUUAUUAUUAUUAUCAAAACCAGAAAAAUGGAAAAUAAUCACAUACAGGGAGUUCCGCUUUGAAAGAAAUUUUCGGGACCGAAAAAAGCCCGCAAUUUACCUCCAGUGACACAGAAAAUUGCAUAUCUGCAGGGGAUAUCUUUGGGAUAAGUUAUAGAAACGCCGUGAUGUAUGCAAUAUAUUUUCGGCGCCAAUUUUUCAGCCUAUUUUCAACGCCAACGGUUCAUAAGAAAUGUAUUUCAAACUUACCGCGUGAAAAAUAAUUGCAUAGUGUGAAAGGAACGUCUAUUGACACUUUAAGAACUCGUGUCAGCACCUAUUGACACCCUAUUCUGUACCAUUUCGGAUAUGAAAUUUGAACGUCUUUGUUUAUAGUAAAAGGUAUAUUACAGAAAAAACGUUAUAUUACUUAUAUUUUACUAGAUACAUUAAAUAAUUUUCAACAUUUUGACAGAAGUGUCAAUAGGGGUUCCCUGUCGAACAAACGCUCGUCCGACCCUACAUUUAGAGCAUUUCAAAAAUUAUUUUAUAAAUGAGCUCCCAAUAGUAGGCAAUACAUCAAGUUCAUUCAAUCCGUUUUCUCUCAAGCCGGAACUUCCUGUAGUUUCUUCUGUUUUCAAUAUCUAGAACAAAAUGAAAAAAAAAGAAUUAAUUUGGCCGCGAGGGUUAAAAAUACCACUGAAGGUAUCUACAAAAAAUUUUCAUUUGACAUCUUAAGGCCUUGAGAACAAUUUUCGUCAAAAAUUGCGUUUUUGAAGUAAAUUGCCUGCAGUCCUGUAGGUAAAAACGUCAAAAUUCUGUCAAAAAUCAUUUUUUGACGAAAAUUGUUCCGAAUGUGUAGAGGCCUUAAGAUGCCAAACUAGAUUUUUUUUUGCAUUAAAAGAAUUGAUUGAUUACAAAUUCAUUCUAUAACGAAAAUUGAAAUAAAUCGUAAAGUUGCAUACCCCUGAAGAAGUUAAUAUUUUUUUGUGUUGAAAAAAAAAGAAGAAAAAAAACAACUAUUUUGUUUGAUGUCUGAUAUCUCUGUGAGAGAGAAAAAUUCUGUUUUGCUUUUCGAGCGAUAAAAACCGCAAGAAAAAAAAGAGUACAUGAACGAUAAAAAUAAUUUAAAAACAAAAAGAAAAAUGUGUAGAGAAAAAGAAGUUAAUAUCAAUGUCGCCCACAGAAUAAUCACCAAAUUUUUUUUUCUAUUUUAAUUUUAUAAUAGAGAAAGAUAGAUUAUAAUUGUUACAAAGUAAUAAAUUUCAUUGAAAAUUC